CCUGCUCCUUCCUGCUGGCUUCAGGACGUAUCAGAGACAUAUGAUAUUAGUCAAGACAUUCUUCCACUUUGGUCGAUAUUCCCUCUCCUAGCACUGGACGGCCGGGCUCGAUACGGCGUAUGCUGUCAGUGGUCCUGAAACCCCAACAGAAGAAGAAGGAUAUGCGAGGCAAUGUUACUUGCUUUGCCAUUAUUAAAGCGAGUGUUGAAGCCAACUGUGGCUCCAUCCCUUUGCAAUGUAUUUACUAGCAGAUAUUCUUCUCAUUUCUCCUAUUUUCCUGACACUGUGCCAGAAUCCAUGGGUGAAACACAGAGGUUGAAUUUGUUCCAGUCCAUCAACAAUGCUUUGGAUACUGCCCUUGCUACAGACAACACUGCUGUGGUAUUUGGGGAGGAUGUUGGUUUUGGAGGAGUUUUCCGAUGCACCAUAGGUCUUCAAGACAAGUAUGGAAAGGAUCGUGUAUUCAACACUCCACUGUGUGAACAAGGAAUUGCAGGGUUUGCCAUAGGAGUUGCAGUGAGUGGUGCCACUGCAAUUGCAGAACUGCAGUUUGCAGAUUACAUUUUCCCUGCUUUUGAUCAAAUUGUAAAUGAGGCAGCAAAAUAUCGGUACAGAUCAGGCAACUUAUUCGACUGUGGAAAUUUGACAUUCCGAGCUCCCUGUGGUGCAGUGGGUCAUGGUGCUCUAUAUCAUUCACAGUCACCAGAAGCAUAUUUUGCCCACACUCCAGGCCUUAAGGUAAAACUAUGA